AUGAGAAUUAUGGUAAAGAUUCGUCCAUCAUGGUCACAAUUAAUGAUGGAUGUUAGUAUUGUAAGAAGCAAUAAAGAAGAGCAAUGUUCCUACAAAUUAUAUCCAUCCAGAAUGGACGAAAAAAACAAAUUGGUUAUUGUCAAUCAUCAGACAGGUUCAUUACUAUUUAAGAUAACAAAAGAAGAUAUUUAUAAUGGAUCAAAAUCAUAUAAACUAGCAAAAGUCUCACAAUUUAAAAGAUCCCGAAACCAAAUCGACGAGUUACGAUUAUGCUUUAUUCUUCGAAGAAAACUUGCCGAAGGAUUGUAUGUGCCUGUUAGUAUACCGGUAUAUUCUGAUAUUAUUAGAGACAGUUAUGGUCCAUUAAAGUUAAAAUCUGUUUCUACAAAAUACGGAUGUUGUUAUGGCGGUGAAUGGAUGAAAAUUGAAUUUACUAGUGGACGCGUUCGAAAAAACGCUUUAAAGUUUAGAUUUCAACAAGAAGACAAGUGGAUAUAUGAAAUAAAAAAAUUUAGGGCAAUCAAGAAUGGUAUUGGUGUAGAAUUUGAAAUACCGCAAUAUCGACGAUUUAUAACAGAAAAAACACCCGUUGAUAUUGUCAUUUCACGAUCGAAUGAAGAAGAUAUUCAUUACACGUUUACUUAUGUACCGCACGAGGGUGAGAAAAAAGAAAGUUUUUAG